AGCAGCAGCAGCAGCAGAGUGUUGCUAGCAGGGGGGAUCAUGGUCCUGAGCCGCUACCUCCUGCUGCUCUUUCUCGUGGCCCUGCCAGCCCAGAAUGCCCAGAGUGCUCCAGCAGCUGGGCAGGGAGCAGUUCACGCCAGAGAGGUUUCUCCUCUAGCUCCUCAGGCAGACUCUGUGCUGAUUCCGAGCUGGUACCUCAAGCGGAAGGACUCCCAGAGGAUACCUGUGGUUCCAAAGGGGCUACUAAGAGCAUUGGUGAAAGCUGCAUCUGAGAGAGAUCACGAGCUUGUCCAGAAGAACAUCUAUCCUAUGGGAGAAAGUAACAGUGUGCCAGGCUCAGAUGAAGAAAUAGAAGGAGUAACGGAUACCAGAACAUCUGCUCAGCAUGAGAGACAUUCAGGAAAGUCAGCUGCUGGGCAAAAAGUCGAGACUGCUAGAGGGUUGGCAUUCAGCAAGAACUACAUCCUAGCAUCUGUAGCAGUCUCGGCUGUGCUUCUGCUUGGGGCAGUGUUUGGGUACAUAGUCAUGUAUGAGCUUCUGAAGAGAGACAGGCAGUUGCAGGAAGACAAAGAACCAUCAACAGAAUCCCACACUUACUCUUUUUGGGACAGCAAAGAUUAUAGCAAAAUUAAAGGUGAAGCAGAAUGAGGAGAAUUCCAAGGAGGAAUCCAGAGAGCCCAAGCCAACCAGUUCAACAACUUUUCUGCUUGUCACCAGAGAUCUCUUUGGCAAAGCUUGCCAAAGAGACCAUGGAUGCAGACCCCCCACCUCUGCCUGCCUCUUGCAGGUGCCAUUUGUCUGAUGGUGCCUUUUCACAGGUGUUCUAUGUGAGUUAGGUUGUUUUAUAGAUAUAUUUAUUAUAUUUCCUGUAUGUCAAUACGUGCAGUCUGUGUCACUGUGUUUUUAAGACCCAAAAUCCCACAUAACGGAACCUUUGUGUUUUGCCCUGGGUUCAUGGAUGGGGUGAUAUACUGGGGCCCUUGGAAAAGAGGAAAUAGACACACAGAGGCAUUCUUUUGUUUCUCUCUGGGUUCUGGAUGGGGUUGCCUGGCACUGGUCUGUCAUGGUGGCGGGGGCAGGGUGGUAAGAGUGUCGUGAUCUUCCUGAAGAGCAUCCUAAGAAGGACAGCUCAGAGGCACAGGCACAUCCUUCUCCCUGAACAGCAUGUGAUGUUAAGCUUAGGUUUCCUUCUGGAGGCAACACGGAGAAAGGGACUGGAGCACUGUAUGGCAUUCCACAGAGUAGCAGCCUCUGUUAAGAGCAGGGCCCUCUGCAAAGGGAGCCAGGGACAGAAGCUCCCCAAACCUUGGAAAAACAGGGAAGGCAAGGGGCGGAACAAAACUGGUAACCUCUGAGGUAAGGGUUCAGGGGCUGGGCACAAGGGGAAGGACCAAUGGGUAAUAAGGGAUUAAUAUAGAAAUGCAAAGGCCUCCGGGGAUGGUGUUUGCAGCGGAGGUGGUGGUCGGAGUGCCACACCCUACCCUAAGAAGUGUCCUGAUAAGGACGUCCUGGGUGUGCAGGCAUGUCCACGCUUUCUUUGGUGGUCUUUCUCUGGCUAGCUUCAAGGUGACUCAGAGGAAUGAGAGACAAGAAGCUUGUAUGGUGUUCCACAGAGACCAAUAUUUUAUUAGAGCAGAACCCUCUGGGAAGGGUGCCAGGAACAAAAGCUCCAGGGAAGCAAAGAAUACAUAUUUAUAUAGGAAAGGCAGGGGGCGGGACAAAACACACAGGUCCGUGGUGUAAGGGUGCAAGGGUGGAGCAAGGGGGAGGGGCCAAUAGGGUGGGAGAAAUCAACACACUGCAGCAAAGGCUUCUGGGGGCAAUCUUUCCCCUCACCUUCAGUUCGAGGUUAGUGCCUUAGAGGUCGGUUCUCCAGGGUUGUGCAGCAAGUCGUUCCCUGGCCGGUUCUUUGGCCCCCACAACUCCCCCUUCUUUAUUAAAUAAAAAGGCUUCCCCCAGAGACCUUCCAAGCACAUACACAAAAAGUAAGCAUACACGGAAAAAUAAAAACAACUAGAAGGAUCCAAAGGACAUUCUUCACAAGGGGGGCAACCCAUCCCUUGAGUCCCCAGUGUCUAAAAAGGUCUUCAAACCACUUUGGUUUGUGUUCUUCUUUUAGUUCUUUUAUGAGGUCCUGGAUCUUCUGGGAUGGAUGCUUUUGCUGGGAUUUUUUAUAUUGAGACUCAGGCCAUGGUUUGCCUGAAGGCCUGUAGUAGAAUCUAACACAAUAGGUGGCAUCGGAGGAUCCCAAAAGCUCCAGAUCUUGGGUUCCUCUGGUGCAUGGGGCAAAAUCCUGGUCCACUCAUCCCAGGUGUUCACCAGGUUGGGUUCUUUCCCUGUGAAGGAUAUUCAUUGGGCUUUAACAGAACCCCUACCAGGCAGGAGGUCAACGGCUUGCUGGCACUGCCCGUGAACAGGCACAUGUUGUCUUGCUGAACAGUUUUUCUGAGGGUGACCUAGAUGUUCUCCUUGGGGUGUGCUACUAACCACACAUCCAGUGCCAGUGUUCUUAAUGGCAUCCAGAAGAUCAGGACAAGCAGAAGGACCUUGCUGGCGUAGGUAUUGCCUGCUGCAGCAGAUGGAUAGUAAGGGUGCUGCAAACUUCCUGAGGAAGUGUCCUAAGAGGGAUGGCUGAGGGGCACAGGCAUGUCCUUCUCUCAGCCCAGCAAGCGAUGUUCUCCUUUGGCUUAUUCUGGGUGAUGUGGAGAAAGGAGAGACGGGAGAUUGUAUGGCAUUCCACAGAGAACUAGCCUUUAUUAAGAGCAGGGCACUCUGAGAAGGAGGCCAGGGACAAGAACUCCAAGCAUCCAGGGAAAACGGGCUUAUGUAGGGAAAGUGGGGGGCGGGACAAAACACUAGGGCCAGUGGGGUAAGGGUGCAGGGACGGAGCAAAGGGGUCAGGCCAAUGGGUACAAGGGAAUAACGUAAUACCAUUAAGGAUUCUGGGGAUGAUCUUUCUGCUUGCCAUCACUGAAAAGGUUUUGGCUUAGGGGUUGGCUUUCCAGGGGAGUGUGGCAAGCCUUUCCGUGGCUGGUUCUCCAGUCCUCACAACUCCCCCUUUUUUAUUAAAUAAAAAGGCUUCCCCCAGAGACCUUAUGAGUAAAGCCUUAAAACAACUAAACAUGAAAAAAAAAACCAAAACACAACAAAAAAAAAAAAAAACCACAAAAAAAAACAAACAAACAAAAGAAACCCCCCAAAACAAAACAAAACAAACAAACAAACAAAAAACCUAAAAGGAUCUAAAGAAUGUUUUUCAGAUGGGAGGCAACCUAUUCCUUAAGUCCCCAGUGUCCAAAAAGGUCUUCAAACCACUUGGGUGCCUUUUCAGUUUUUAGUUCUUGGACUAAGUUUUAGAUCCUCUGGAUGUGGGUGUGGAUGCCUUUGCUGUGGGUGGUUAGGUUGAAGAAGCACAGCCCUUCAAACUCUUCACAGCUGUGUCCAUGGGUGAGCAGUAGAAAAUCAAUGGCAGCUUGGUUUUGGAGUGUGGCAUGCCUGAUAGUCUCCUCGUCCAACAGGAGGUUGCUUAGCACAGCGGAUGUUAGUGUCAGUUGUCCAUACAAUCAAAUAAACCCAGAGUUUCAACAUCAGCCUGACUAGAAUACUUCCACUUAAUAAGAAAAAAAAUUAAUGAGUUAUUAUUGCGUUUGUCUAUAUAUAUACAUAUAUAUCUGUUAUAUUUUCUAAAGGAAAAUUAUGAUUCAUUUUGCAAAGGCUCACAUGCUAAAUUUCAGGUAUGUGAGUACUACUGAGUUAGAUGAUCCUUCUCACACAUACGGUACUUGAAGAGUCUGAAUUUAUAGUCAGAUUCUACAGCACACUAGGCCUAUUUAAAGGACUAAUAACACUGGCUUUGUUACAUUUUUUUCAGAAAUGCACUUUGAUUUCCUAAACUUUAAAAUAAACAGUCUGUACAGGAACCUCUUAUUAUUCUCCAAAUUGUGGGGCAGUUUGCCAAGGGAACAGCACUAUGACCUCUGUGUGUGAUUGAUAGUAACAAGCAGAACAGAAUAUUGCCAGUAUCCAGACAAAGGCAGAGUAUAAGCUAGGAGUAUAAACUGAGCACUUUUUUUACACAAGACUUUCAGUCUUGUGUAAAAAGUCUACUCAAAGAGCUAAAACAAACAAAAUAAUUAAAUAUCUAUAAAGCAAAAUCGUAGUAGCAGUGGUGUUGCAACAUGCUAAAGUAGCACAAAAUCUCCAAAAUGCUCUCUGGUGAUCUCUCUCUUUGACUGUACAUAGGGGCUUUGGGUUGCUAGAUAGUCUCAACAACAUCCUACUUAAGUAUCCUUGCAUAGUUAUGCAAUGAAAACCUGUCUUCAGAAACCAGGGAACAAAUACAGGGGACGCCUUUUAGCAAUUCUUUGAUAUACAUAAGUGAGUCAGCGGAUUGCUAGUCUCUCUUGGCUUGAGACAGCAGGAAUACAUUUUAGUGGGUUCAGGCUCUAUUUAGGAACUGGUUCUGGCUCUUAAUCAAUGUGACUGGGAAUAAAUUUCAGGAUUUGGGUGGGUCUAGUGGUCUGGAACCUCAGAAGAGAUGAGGCUGCAUUGAUGGGUACUCCUUGUUAUGGAUUGCUGACAGCUGGGAUGGACAGUGUGAGCUGUAACCAUACAGUGUUGCCAAGGUACAGUCACUGCCCUAGUGCAUCUCUUUGAGAUGUGCUGCAGCAAAAGUACUGUGCCAGCAUGGCCCACAGCUUGCUGAGGCCAGGAUGUGUGUUUCACAUAGGCCUUGUCAUCACACUGUGUCAAACAAUGAUCCAGGAAGAAAAAAAAAUACUUAAUUCAAAGAUUUAGCUAAUUGCAUCUCUAUUUUGGAAAUACAGUAUUUGUUUAUCUUACAGGACAUUGUCAUUUAAGGCUUACCUUCUGUGAAUUUACUCUGGGACUGUUUUACAAUACUUUAUCCCAGAGCAUAAAUCCAGUGUCUGGUGUUCUUUUCCCAGAAAAGGGAUAUGUCCUUCUGGCAUAAUUUGACCCACUUCAAAUGAACAAAGUACUCUUAUUUUGGAAUAAGGUUGGACCUUCUUACAGUUUUGCAAGAACAGCUAUUUUUUUUCUGAAUUCAGGAUCUAAUUGGAGACAACUUUCAAAUGUAGGAAGUCUGGUUAGGUAUUUCAGGGGUGUCAGGAAAAUGACAUCUGUUCUGAGGAGUGAUGCCCUAAUUGUUAUGCCAGUUUCUACCUGCAUGCAGAUAAUAUGAAGCUUGACAACCUCUGGGUAUGUUGCAAGUCCCACUAAGGAGCAACCUGAGCUUUCUCACCAUUGUAGGGAAUACUGUGACAACACUGAUAUUCCAAUAUCCAGUAAUCUUGAUUUCACUUUGAUGUACAUGAAACAAAACCAAAUUAGCAGCAUAUAAAUGCACAGAAAUAGCCAAGAAGCAUUUUCACUAAGAGUACAAAAUCAGACUUCAUGGAUUUCACUGCACUGAAAUUCUGUGAAUGUGUUUCAAACAUUCCAAGACCUUAGUUUCUCCUCUUGUAUGCAGCUCUUUGUGCUCAAAUACAGGGUAAACUUACAUGCCCCGAAAGUGAUUAGAAUUAGGAUAGGAAUCCUGGCAUAUAGCUGCACCUCUGAGUGCAGGCUCUCACAUGGUCCAGCUGAAGCACAGCUCUGCAUUCUCUCCCACCCCUGACUUCACAAUAAUCUGCUCAGCAAAUCACAUAUCAGGCCAGUGAAUUUAAUCUGGUGCACAGAGUAGAGAGCAGGAAGGAAGCUGCUGAGCUGGAAUGCGUAGAGACCAGAGACGCAUGGAAGGUACCUCUGUGGGACCUGUAAGACAGGAGCUGGCUCAGCAUGUGAGCUUGAGGAUGGCACUCAGGUGGCAGUAGGGACACCCAUAGACAAUAGGCACUGUGGCAACAUCAGUAUCGGGUUAUAUGUUAGCCAGAAUUUUCCCUGGUUGUUGAUUUUAAUUGCCUGCCAUGAAUCUUGUUGAGUACUGUGGCAGCAGUUUCCAAUGCCUCCUUUCAGCUGGGACCCUCAAACCAUUUAACCCCUCAGGCAUACCAAGACACCCAAAAAAUCUUCAGAACUAUAUGUCCUUUCAGUGAUUAUUUUUCAGUAUAUAUCUGUGUUAUUAGCUACUUGUGACUGGAACAAGUGAUCAGAGAAUAGUGGGGGAUCAAAAUGUGUGUAUGUACACCAGCUUAUUUGUAUUAACUCAGUAGCUGUGGUAAAAAUAAAGCUGGAAAACAUAAAUACUUGGUAGAAAUUUUUUGUUAUAGUGAGCCUAAAAGCAGUUCAAGUCUCAGCUGAAAAGAAGGCUAUUGAUAUUGGCUCAGCAGCAAUUAUUUUCAACAAAAGACUGAAAAAUUCUUGAAUUCAAGUACAUAAUUCAAGCAUGUAUUGGUUAUACUCAGUUUCCUCUCCUGUUUUAGAGAAAUGUAGCAGUAAUCAGGUAACUGGGUUCUUUGCUUUCAAUAACAUAUUUUUUUUAAUUUUUGAGUCUCUAAUUUUGAAAAUAAAACCCAUGAGAUUAUUUUAAUAUUGUUUGUUAGUUAAAUGAGUAAUUUGCAUUUAUUUUCUUGCAAAUAGCUUGUGGUUUUUCAAAGAAGCUUAAUGUGUAGCUGUGUCAGUGUAUCCUUAUGCCAUAUUGCCCAAAGUCUGGAUGUGUGAUAUGUGAAUGUUAUAGUCAUAAAAGAGGAUUCUCAGGUAACUCUUUUACUUAAAUCCUCAUUACUCAAAUUCAAGAAAAAAAUUAAUUUAUCCCACCAAAUUUAAUGUACAGCACAUAGGCAGAUCAAAUUUAACCUAUUUCUUUCAUAUGAACUUCCAUAUGAACAUAAAGGUAUGGACACUGUUUUAAAUCUUCACAAAAUUUAAAAUUAAGCCAGUUGAAUUUCUAAGGGAAUUGGCUGUUAACACCACCAAUCUUAUGAGAGAAAGUUCUAAGCAACUGAUGUUUCUAGUUACAAUUAGGAAACUUGUGUAAAAACCUUCUACAAAAGAUUAUUUGAUUGAAAUAGAGAAAAAGGCUUGGUUUUGUUCUUGAUGAGUUGCCCUUUUAUGUUCACAUUUAUGGAAUGUGUCUCACGUGGCAUCAGGCAUGAAUGGUGUUCAUAAUUUAAGUCUGUGGGGAAGACAUGAGAGAUGCCACACCAAAAUUAUCAACAAAGCACUAUGGAUUAAGAAAGUACAGUCCUCGGUCCUCAAGUUACCAUGUAAUGACAGCAGUUCCUUUAUUAUGUGAGAAAACUGUGAUUUUUUUAUCACUUUGUAAAGAGUAGUAUUAAAUAAUUUCAUUAAUACAGUACGUCUUUCUGGGUUGUCAUCAGGAUUACUUCACAGUGAAACACUUCACAGAGCUGGGUGAAAUCUGUUUCUGGAACUAUAUCAGACUUUCAUAUGUUUACAGCUCUUGUCUAUAGAGGAAUUAAUUUUGAGAUUUAAUUUCCAAGACUAGUAUUGUUCAACUUUCUUUUGAUGGAGCAAAUGGCUUGAUUGAUUUCAGCCUUCAGAAAAAUGACUGAAUGCCUUUUUUCUCCCAUUAGGUGGCUGAUUCUGUGUGCUGUCACAUGCAGGCUGGUGUUCCCAGAGACAGUAGGCUCCUUGUGCAAGGACAGUCAGAAAUACUGCAAGUGAGAAUACUGUUAGCCCAUUCAGGGGGCUAAGUCGUCAUUCAGAAACUUCCUGAUGCAAAAUCCUGCCUCCAGUAGAGAGCACUCUGCGCACAUGCACAGGACAGGUGACGACUGGUUUGGGAGCAGCUCUGAGGUCCUGGCAGACCAGGGAACCUGGAUUCAGUAGGGUGUCCACACACUGAUGGAGGCAUCAUUGAGGACAAGUGCUCAAUUCCCUUCUGCCCAGGACCUGUAGCUCUGAAUCUGGAGCGGGGUGUCCAGUUUUAAGCCUGCACUAUGUGAGAUACAAACCAGAGAGAAACCAGCAAAGGGUCACUAAGACAUUUUAGAGGCUGGAGGAAGGAACCCUAAGAGACUGGCUGCUCAGAAACCUUGGCCAGUAAUGCCCAGACUGGUACCUGCUAACAGCUGCACAGCACAGACGUGGUAAUGCUGGAGCAGGGGAUAUCUAAUCUCACUGGUUCGUAAAUAUUCCCCUUAUCCAGACCCAUCAUGUUGGGGUUUGUUAGGUCUCUGCUCUGUGCCUACUACCUACAUUCUUGAUUGCAGUUUCAUCCUCCUAAGACAACUGAGGGCAGCCUUUUUUCAGACAUCUUUUGACGUUUAAGUACAGGCUCCAGCUAUAUCACCUUCUGUGACUGGACAAAUAAAGUUAUUUCUCUAGUUGUGUAUUUGAGGAAAGUAAUUUAUCCAGAACCACUAGUGCUAGAGUGGCAUGGAAAGCACAAUAAAUCACAGACAUCAAUCACUUUGCAAUAAUGCCAAUGAUUAUUUCCAUACAUCUUCUGACAGUAACUCCAUCUAUUCUUAGCUGCGAUAUUCACGCUACCAUACAAAGUGAUAUUGACAAAACACACCAGAUUAAGAGGCAGCAUAUUUCCCAUCUGUGAGCCUUUGAAAAGCAUUUCGAUUUUCGCACAGGUCUUUCUAUAACUGCACCCACUUCCUGCAACUCUGAGCAGGGAGUGCAAUUGAUUACUUGGAGCAAUUUUGGCAAAGGGUGUAGGGAUGCUGCCUGGAUGGAAUGCGUGCUGAUGCUGAUCAGCAAUGCCAUCCUGCAGGCCACACAGAGAGCCACAGCUUCCUUCUGAAGCUGCAGCUAGAAGGAUCCUGACACUCCUUAGAUCCAGGGCUGCUCCAUCAUCAACAGAACCUGCAAGACAUCUCACCAGUGAUAGGGUCCUCUAUCCUGAGAGCCUGACAGGCACCCCCUGGGCACUGCUCUGGAGCUGGCAGCAGGCAUUUUUGUUAUUCAAAGAUUUGAAAAUUAGCAUCCCCAUGGCCACUUUCUUUUUUCAAAAGCUGCUCAGGUAAUGUCUCAGUAACUGAGUUUUCUUAUAAAUCACAUAUAUUGUCAUUUUAACCUCUUAUUUUGUGACCACUGCUUAGAUAAACAUCCUGCCUCCGUGGGUACAAAAGCAAUUUUUGUCUAAUGCUUUUAGAAUCCUUCAUCCCUAGGAAAGCAAGAUUCCUGGAAUCUUGAUUUUUCACAAGCCCAUCACAGUUGCAUCUACUCUCAUAAAUAAAAAACCAAUUAGAUUUUUUUAAAAGUAGUUUUCUCUUUACAUUACAAAGUUUUAAGAUACACUUAAGUCAUGUUCUAAUAUUCCAUACCAAACUAUUUUUGAAUUUCUAACAAUGACAGUCCCAAGCUUAAAUGGUUUCUGUUUCUAAAUUCAGCAGACUCAGGAAUUGAGACAGUAGGAAUUGUCAAUUGUAAAAGGCACUGCAUCUCUGCAACUGUUUGCUGUAUGUAUGCUCAACAAGCUGGUUGCUUCUUCCACAGCAGAUCUCUGUGCACCUCUGGACAGUGUUUCAUGCUCAUCUUCCUUGCCCGUGCUGACCCACAACAUUUAAUCAUGGAGCUCUGUGACUGCACAGACUUCUCAUGCUCACUGUUUGUUUCCUAGGCUGCACCCUUAAAACCUCUAAUUCUGAUAGGUAUUCUAGCUUUAAGUUAAUCUUACAGAUGUUGUUUCAGACAAACUACAUACUCUCUACAUUAUCCUAACCCUUUGAAAUGACAGUGAGUUAUCUUAAUUAAUAACCUUGUUCAUUAAUAGAUAUAGAUGACAAUGGUAAUUUGUUAUGACAGUGUGAUUGCAAUGUGCGAGCACAUGUACACACAUGUAAGGGGCUUAACACACAGAGAAAGAUUCAUAUAAUUAUUUUUAAAAUUAUUUAUUCCUUAUGAAGAAAGUAGAAAGAGGAUCUUCCAUAACCCCUCCAUAUUUGUAGUAACUAACACAGAAUCAGGUUGCUGCAUUCAAUCUCCUACAUAUAGACCACUACAAAAUUCGUGUGAUUAGGAGGAAAAUCACAUACACCCAGUCACAAAGCACGGAAUUUUAUCCCAAACACUCAUAAAUCUGUUGUGUCUGCUCUAUUUUAAAGGGCAAAACUUACACUAUUAAAAAAAAAAAAAAAGAAAAGAUAAAGCACAGAAUUUUCGUUGUAAUGUUCCUUUGGAUUAUCCCUUGAAACUCCCAUGUGUCCCUGAUUAGGACAUACCAAAAAAAUCUGGGAAAAUGGAUUAACUGUGCAUAAAGAUGAAAAAAAAAAUGGAUUUUAAUGCUUUCUAGUUCAUUAAAAAAUCCCAAACAUCUUCUCACAUGGAAUGUUUCUGACAUGGCUGUGUUGAUCAUCACUCAAGUAUUCCACACUGAGGGCAGUUACAGCUGUAUGUGUGCUAUGCAAUCAUUUAUCUAAGUACCAUGAAAAAAUUGUGAGAUACCUGAAUUUCUAUGAUAAUAGGAGAAAAGGAAAAAAAAGUCCAGAAUAAAGAAAAUAAAUGCCCCAGCAAGAAAUCCAAGUGAAGUUUCUGAACAUUCACCCAAUAAUAAAAACAUGAAAAGACAACCUGAAAGACAUCAAUAUGGAGAACACAAUUCCAGCUUUAAAAUGUUGCUUUGCUUUUCAUAAAACUAUUUGCAACUGUGUAGAAAAUUUCAGGACAGGUAUAAUUCACAUCUGCAAAUGGCCACAACUAUUUGGGAAACUUGAUAGUCUGUGUGUGUGCAAUAAAGUCCUGAAUGAUCCUAUUUAACAUUUCUUCAUGGAAUCAGAGGCAUAUCCAGUUCAAGCUAAUGACUUCAGUGCAACAGAAAGCUAAAGAUGCUGAAGUCUGUUGUGGUUGGUUAGUAAGUAAGAUCACAACAAAGAAACAACAAUUCAUAUGCAGAAGUGUUUGUUUGCUUCUAAGAAAUUUGGUCUAGGCUGAAAAUUCCCCCCACUAUUUUUUAUCUAGGCA